AAGACUUCCUGGAUUUCUCGACACACGCUCCGAAGCCUCAGCACAGACCGUCUCAUCACUAACUGUGGGUAAUCCCCAGUAAAACGGAAGAUUAUCACAAAGGUUGGAGAAAUGUCCCCACAUCGCUCUCAUGUUGCUGCCCUCGGGCGACCUUUCAGCCUGGGAAUGCUCUAUGAUGCCCGGAGAGAUGAACUGAGACCAGGUUUGACUUUGUGGGAUGAUGAAACUCUACAAAGGAAAAUAACUGAAAACUCUCAGCACAGCAGUGCUUUUAAGAUUUCUGCCUCUGACACCCUUGACUCCAAGUCCUCCCUGCUGGGUGUUGAAGCUUCUCUGCAGGCCAGCUUCCAUGGUGGACUGAUUGAAGUUGGAGGAUCUGCCAAGUAUCUGAAUGACCAGAAGAAAUUCAAGAAUCAGAGCAGAGUGACCCUUCAGUACAAAGCUACCAUCAGCUUCAAGCAGCUGUCAAUAGCUGACCUUACCUUGAACACUAAACAAAGUGAUAUUAUCAAGACGGGCAUGGCAACACACGUAGUCACAGGCAUCCUUUAUGGGGCCAAUGCUUUCUUUGUGUUUGACAGUGACAAGUUAGAAGCAAGCAGUGUUCAGGACAUCCAGGGGGGAAUCAAAGCUGUAAUAAAAAAAAUCCCCUCAUUUAAUGUUGAGGGAAAAGUUGAUCUCAAGCUGUCUGAUAAAGAAAAAUUCCUGACUCAGAAAUUCUCCUGCAAAUUCUACGGAGAUUUCAUUCUCAAAAGCAACCCUGCUAACUUUGAGGAUGCAGUGAAGACCUACGCCCAACUUCCACAGCUUCUGGGAGGAAAGGGAGAGAAUGCUGUUCCACUCAAGGUCUGGCUGAUGCCACUGAAGAAUCUGGAGUCUGGAGCUCCUGUGCUGAUUAAAGACAUCAGUGACAAGACAAGCAAGAAGGCUGUGAAAGUUCUAGAAGACUUAAGGGAAAUAGGAAUGAGAUGCAGUGAUGCUUUGGGGGAUGAGACGGUUGAGAGUUUCCCACAGAUUCAAGAAGGGUUAAGCAGUUUCCAAAACCUGUGUAAUUCCUAUGAAUCUCACCUGAAGCAGAUCAUGAAAGAGAACCUUCCCUCCAUCCGUCAAGGUAAAGAAGAUGAGAGCGCACUGAAACAACUAUUUAAAGACAGAGAGAUGUCACCAUUCAAUCAGGACAAACUAAGUAAAUGGCUGGAUCACAAAGGGAAAGAAAUCAAUGUCAUCAGAUCCUGUGUAGGUACUAUGAAGGGAACAAAGAUCGUUAAAAAUCAGUCAGAGCUGGACAGAGAGGUUCUUGCUCCAGGUGUAGACCAUGGCUUGUGCUUUGUCUUCACCUCCCUGAAGAGUGCUGACCCCUGCCUUGACUUGAUGGAAAAGUAUCUGGAGUCACCGGAUUUAGACACUACCUGUAAAAAAGAGUCGAACAUCUCAAAUAUAUCUCAGACCAAAAUGAGAGAAAAGGCAGAAACCUUCCACCACUUGGCCAGAGCACUGGAGAACUACAGCCGAUUCGUUUUUCUUGUUGCAGCCAUUGCCAAUGACAAAUACACAGGAGCAACCAUCUACCAUUACAAGGAGGGGAUUCUGGUCAGUGAAGAUUUCACCCAGCCAGCCCUCCCUCCUGUUCAGGACAUCACAGACAGAGAAGAUCUAGUGUGGUAUGCCACGGAUCUAACCCUCAACCCAAACACUGCAAAUGGCUAUCUCACUCUGUCUGAGGGAAACAAAAAGGCAACAGUUGGGAACUGGCAAACAUAUCCUGAUCACCCAGACAGGUUUGAUACACCGACUCAGGUGAUGUGCAACGAAUCGUUGAAUAAGCGCCAUUACUGGGAGGUAGAGUGGAGUGAUGGGGAUAAGGAAUCAGUUUAUGUUGCAGUUACAUACAAGGGAAAAACAGGCAGCGACCCGGGUGUGCUUGGAAAGAAUAAAAAAUCAUGGGCUUUUGGCAAACAUUUGUCAUCUUUUGGAAAUGAAUUUAGAGCAUGGCACAAUGGACAGAUCUGGCAAAGUCCUCUUCCUCCCACUGGCUGCUGCAGAGUUGGGGUGUUUCUUGACUGGCCAGCCGGCACUCUGUCCUUCUACACAGUCUCCUCUAACACGCUGAGUCACCUCUACACCUUCAACACCACAUUCAAAAAGCCUGUUUACCCAGCCUUCUGGGCUUACAAUACGUCCAACUACGUGCACCUGCUCCUAAUGGAAUGAGAGCAAUGACAACAACCUAGUCGAAUCAAUGUUGGCAUUUUACGUGUUUUUCAAAGCACAUGAACAUUUAAUCUAUAUAUUUUUUAACCAGAAAUAUGUUGAAAAGCCCAGUGUUGGUUGGUGUUCUCCACCUCCCCAUCCUCCCACCCAGUGGUGUACCGAUGUAGCUUUAUCACAUCGCUGUAGUGUUGGGACAACGAAGCCUCGUGAAGCAUUUGCUUAAUUUACGGAACCCAAGAGAUGGCGCUCUUUGUUCAACAAAGGGCUGAAAACACACCCAAUCACUAUUGCUGAAGCCUUUUUUUAAAAGCCAAGACCACCAUCUAGUGGGGUAA